GGCAUCCCUGCACCUAAUUGAUCGUCAUAUUGUUUAGGAUAACAGUGCCCUCCGAAAUUCACUCCAAAUCCAAUCGGGAAUGCGCUGGACGUUGACGUGAAGGCCUCUCCUUACUCCGGCGAGGUGCCGGAGUGAUCUACUACGCUGCUGCAGUUCGUCAUCAGACUCCACUUCCUCCACCGAGAUGGCCUCUUCAAACGGAGCUUUGAACCCAUCACUUAUUUCUGGGCUCCUAAACUCAAUUGAGCACCUCAAUGGGACUAACUUUCCUACAUGGAAGGAGCAGAUUUCCAUUAACCUUGGGGUCAUGGAUCUUGACUACGCACUUAGGGAGAAGGCUCCAGUUCCCUUGUCCUCUGAUGAUGAAAACCUUGCUGAGAGAACUAAGGUUUAUGAGGCUAACAAGGAGAAGUGGGAGCGCUCCAAUCGAUUGUCCCUCAUGAUCAUGAAAAGCACAAUUACUCUUGGGAUUAGGGGAGCUAUCCCCGAUUCCGAAUGUGCUAAGACUUAUCUGGCAUCGGUGGAGGAACAGUUUAAAGGCUCCACAAAAGUCUAUGCCAGUACACUGAUCAUGAAAAUGCUCACCACUAAGUAUGAUGGUGCAAGCGGUGUGAGAGAACAUAUCAUGACUAUGAACGAUAUGGCCGCAAAAUUAAAGGGCAUGGACAUGGAGAUUUCUGAGGGCUUCUUGGUUCAUUUCAUUAUGACCUCCCUUCCAGUGGAGUUUGGUCCAUUCAAGAUCAACUAUAACACACAGAAGGAGAAGUGGACCAUGGGUGAGCUCACGGCUAUGUGCGUUCAAGAAGAGGAGCGACUUAAGAUCGAGAGAAAAGAUUACGCUCAUCUUACUUCCAUGAACUCAGGGAAGAGAAAGUUUAAUGGUGAAAAUAAGACUCAGAAAAAAUUAGGUCCUUCACAUAAGGCCGAGUCAAGCAAGUCUGGGGCCAAAAGGUCAAAGCCUUCUGUUGCUAAUGAGCCUUCUGCACCUAAGAAGCCUUAUUGCAAGUUUUGCAAACAUGACGGACAUAAGGAGAAGGAUUGCGAUGGCUUUAAGGCAUGGCUUGUAAAGAAGGGGAUUCCUUACCGUGAGGACGCUUCAAAGGGGCGAGCGAAUUCUUAGAGUUGCAAAUGGACAGGAGGCUAAUGUUGAAGCUGUUGGGACUCUCCCGUUAGUGCUAAAAGAUGGCUUCACCCUCCUUCUUAAUAAUGCUAUUUAUGUUCCUACCAUGAGGAGGAACCUUAUUUUUGUUUCUCUAUUAGAUGAUGAUGGUUUUGAGACUUAUUUUGGGAACAAACGAUGUGUUAUUAAGUUUGGUCAUGAUGAUAUUGGUCAUGGUGUUCGUCAUGACAAACUCUAUAGACUCCUUUUGAA